UGUGAACGCAGAAUAGUGAAUUUAGUACCUCACUACUUGGCUACAUUAGCCCCAAUGUUAAUGGUUAUGAUAUGUAAUCCGAUAUUGUAUUUCUUCUCUGCCCGAAAUGUGUCUAGUUUAAUAAAAGCUAGAUUUGGUCGAUUCACCGACCAAGAGAGAGCUGUGAUCAAACAAGUAAAAGAGAAAUUUGCUCUGAUUUUAGCCGUCUUCUAUGUGUGUUGGUUGCCAAAUGUAAUCAAUGCGGUUUUACUUUUCUUCAACUCGAGAUACAAAGAUAAUAGCAGUAUUGAGGCAGGAAUUAUCGUGAUGGAUGUUAUGAUGGGUAUUCUGAAUCCUCUGCAAGCUUUCCUGAAUGCACUUGUGUAUCGUGGUUGGGCCGGUUGCUGUAAUAUAAAACGACCGUUUAGUCGAACACUGAAUGAAGAUGAACGUCCCGGACUGAUGGAAAGUACAUCGCAGUUAUUGGACUCCGGACGUGUUAAAGAAACAUCUCCAUUACUGCUUAAUAAUGAAAACUGAACUGGUUAUUUUAGUCUUGCAUUUUAGCGUUUAAUUGAUGUAAUUUUUAGAUUUCUAUUGAUUAAUUGUACAAAGAAAUGUCUGAAAGUCUAAAGUAUUGUUUUUAUUGACCACAUUAAGACCCACAUUAGACACAAGGCUUUAGUAAGUAGAUGCUGGACGGUUAAUAUGGUAAAUGAUUAAUUGAAUCAUUUCACAACAAAGUUUGUUUUUGUUCGUACCAAACUAUAGGAGAUUUACAUUUGAUCCCAAAUUAACAGAAACAGUGUGCAAAAAGACAGGAAGUGAUGAGGUUCUGAAAGUUUAGUUACUAUCUAUGGUUAAUAAAUCAUUAACUUUGUUAUUAACACUAAGAAUGGGAAA